AUGCUUGGCACUUCACUCUCGUUCACGCUUCCCACACAAACUUAUUACCCUAACAUUCUUCGUUCAUAUUUUCCAAACUCAACUUCCACUCACCAACAUCAUCUACAUCCGAAGCAGAAGCGAAAAGCUAAAAAAAAUCGAUUAAUCGCGUUAAUCGAUUCCAGUUACGAAGUUGGUGGUGGAUUCCCACUCGAUGAACUUAACAACCGAAACGAAAAGCAAAAUCCAGAAGAUACAGAUACGUCCGCUCAACGUGAAGCACUUCUUAAAGGAGGAGAUCAAGUUAUCUCUGUUCUUCAGGAAAUGAUUACCCUCUUGGAAGAUAUGGAUCUGGAUGAAGAGUCGGAGAAAGUAGCAGUGGAGUUAGCUGCACAAGGAGUUAUUGGUAAGAGAGUUGAUCAGAUGGAAUCUGAUUUCAUGAUGGCCCUUGAUUACAUGAUCCAGCUUGCGGAGCAGGACCAGGAUGAUAAGCGCAAGUCACUGUUGGAAGUUAUCAAAGAGACGGUACUAUCACAUCUAACUAAAAAAUGCCCACCCCAGGUUCAAGUAAUUGGUCUUCUAUGUAGAACUCCUAAAAAGGAAAGCAGAUAUGAAUUGUUACGCCGAGUAGCAGCUGGUGGUGGUUCGUUUAAAGGCGAGAAUGACUUGAAGGUUCAUAUCCCUGGGGCAAAUUUAAAUGACAUAGCUAACCAAGCUGAUGAUUUAUUGGAGACAAUGGAGACUCGUCCUGUUGUGCCUGAUCGAAAACUGCUUGCAAGGCUUGUUUUGAUUAGAGAAGAAGCUCGUGAUAUGAUGGGAGGGGGUAUUUUGGAUGAAAGAAAUGACCGUGGAUUUUCUACUCUACCUCAGUCUGAGGUGAAUUUCUUAACCAAAUUGGUGGCUUUAAAACCUGGGAAAGUUGUUCUUGAUAUGAUAAGAAAUGUGAUGCUAGGAAAAGAUGAAGGUGCAGACAACUCUGGCAACAAUGAUGAAUAUGAUAGGGUUUCAACAGGAAUAGCUGGAAGGGCAAGUGUGACAGGACGGAGGCCACAUCCGGUACGACCAGGCAUGUUUCUCGAAACAGUCUCUAAGGUCUUGACUGGUAUAUAUGCUGGAACCGACUCUGGUAUCACUGCACAACAUUUGGAAUGGGUUCAUCAAAAGACACUUCAAGUCCUUCAGGAGAUAGCAUUUAACUAG